AUGGCAAAUAUUGACGAGUAUGGAAUAUCAAGAAUAAUGGCUGACAUGGUUAAAGCAGGUUUUCUGGAUCGCAAAGAUCCUUAUUUAGUAAAUUUGAUUUCUUUAUUCCGCAUUACAAUGUUGCGAGACUUAAAGCAAAAAGCAAAGAUUCGGGUAUCAAUGGGUACCUACCUGUUGGGUGUUUUAGAUGAAACAGAGUCCUUGAAGGAAGAUGAAGUUUAUUGUUGUAUAUCUGAUCCGCAAAACCCAGCUUCUAGAAAAGUAAUUACAGGCACUUGUGUAGUAUUUAGAAAUCCAUGUUUUCAUCCAGGUGAUAUCAGAGUUGUUACUGCUGUUAAAGUUAAAGCUCUCGAUUAUCUUGUAGAUGUUUUAGUAUUUCCAACAUUGGGAUAUCGUGAUCUUCCUAGUCAAUGUAGUGGCGGAGAUCUAGAUGGAGAUGAUUUCACAACUUCAAAUUACACCAGGGUUGAUAAGAUUUCAUCGACAAGAUCUGCCUCAGAAAACAACAAUAAUGCUAGUGAUGAUGGUAAUAUUAGAAGUGAUUAUAGUUAUCGAAAUGGAGAUGAAGUAGAAUAUUUUAUCGAUGAAUUUGAUGAUGGAAUGGAAAGAUUGCGCAGAUCGCUUGCUUCAAGUUUAUCUAUCAGUUGA